AUGGUGCUACUUACAAUGACGUCCUCUAUUCUGGAGGCGUUGUCGCUUGUCGAAGCUACAGAAACACCACAAAUCGAAGAUCACGACGAAACAGAGGAACAAGAAUCACAGCAACCCACCCAAGAAUCUACCCAAGAACCUACCUUGGACGACCCGAAACUUGGAAAUCCCAUAUCGCAUGGCCAAAUAGUUGAUCUGUGGAAACAACUGAAAGCCCAAGGCAGCUCAAACUUCUCCCUCGAACAACUCCUCCGCGGCGCAUCCGUCUACAUCCCUCCUCCGCCUCCCAAACCCGAACCCUCCCCUGAAUACAAAGCCCUAAUGGCCCGUCUUCGCCGUGAAGAAGAAGCCCGUAGCUACGAACGAAUGAUAAACCCCCCUCCCCAACACGAAACCUUCAAAGACCACUUCCCUUCCAGCGCCGCCUCCUUCGCCGCCGCAAACCGACCAACAUCUUCCGCAGACCUCGGCGACGACGACAUGGCGAUGGAAGAAGUGCACAAGCAAGUCACGCUGAUCAUCAACUUCCUCGUCAGCAUCGCCGGCGUCGCGGGAACAUUAUGGGUUACAGCGCGGUGGUGGAGUUUGCCGGCACGCAUGUUUCUGACGAUGGGGGGGAGUAUUCUCGUUGCUAUAGCGGAGGUUGUGGUGUAUAAUGCGUAUAUUUGGAAGAUGGACCAGGGGAGGAAGAAGCAUGGGAAGGUAAAGGAGGUCAGGGAGGUUGUUGAGAGUUGGGUGCUGGGGAAGGACGAGGACGAGAAGAGUGUUUUGAUCAAGGAGAAGGAUAGGACGGAAGAUGGAGUGAGGAAACGAAAGAUGGAAGCGAAGGUCGAGACAUAA